GUCGUAGUUGGGGCAAAGUUUCGAAAUGGUGUCAACCGAACAUUUGACUUAUUGACAUAAUUAUGGAAGAAAAGCUGAGAGGUUAUAUGAGUUUGUUUGCCUCUUACUGCUCCGAGGUAAAUGCUGUCAAAUGUAAGGAGGAGGAUUUGCAGUUUUUGAGAGCAAACGUCAAAAAAAUCAGCCCACUGUUAUCUUCGAGUAAUAAGUGUCGGAAAAUGCUCUUUGAACACGAAUCUUACGUUAGUGACUUUUCCUUCGCCCUUCAAUUUCUCAACGACAGGGUCCUUAGGACACAAAUUGUACUGAUUCUUUCCAAAUUGGUGAAAAAAUCUACGCCCCAAUUCCGGAUCACAAUGUUAAUACAAAAAGGGAUUACUAGAGCUCUGUUUCAAGCUCUUUACAUGGAAUACUCUGAAGAAACUCCAAAUGUCGAACUUUUAUUAAAAAUACAUCAGUUGCUCUGUCGUCUUGGUCCGAUGGAUAAACGUUUUGGUAUUCGAGCAAGAGUGAGCCAUUGUAUUCCAAUUACAAUCCAUCUUCUAAGAAUUCAAGUUGCUCUAUUAAAUUCAUCGAUACGUACAACUCCUUCUAAUUUUUAUAAACAAUUGAAGAAUCUAUCCAAUUUCAAUUUCUGUUAUUCAACAAUGAAUUCAUCAAAUUCUUUUCAAAAUAACAUUAAACAUCUUCAUACCAUAAAUGAAUUGUUACGUCAUCCUCCUCAUUCUCAUCAUUAUGUAACUAUGCCAACAGUUUCAUCUAUUAUACAACAUAAUUUAAAUAUUAUUUUACAUAUGAUUUAUUUAUAUAUAUCAAAUAAUGGUAAAACAAAUUCAUAUUUAUUAGGACGUAAUGGUGUUGUAAAACUUUUAUUACAAUUAAUUACUUUAUUAUCUGGACUUUAUAUACAUCGUACAUCAUCUAUUAUGAAUUCGUUAUUAUCGCCAUCGUCCACAGCAACAACAACAACAACACCAACACCACCACCACCACCGCCAGCAACAACAACAACAACGGUAACAAGAAGAAAGACAACUAUGUCACCAACUGAUAUUCUUGGACAAAAUUUUAUAAAAAUAACUAAAAACUCAAUGAAUGAUUACAAUAUAAAUGAAAAUGAAUUAAUUAUGAAUAGUCCAGUGAGAUAUAUUCUCAUUGUUAUGGCAUCAUUGAUGAAAGGAUUGGUGAAAUCUUUUAAUCAUAAUGAAAAUCAAUCAUUUCUUGAAUUAUUAACAGAAUAUGAUUUACAUAAUAAUUUUGAUUUCAUAAAUUCAAUUUUAUCAUUAAUUACAUCUAAGCCUACAUUGAUUGCUAUUGGGGUAAAGCAUCAUAUUCAUUUACUUCGUAUUCUAGUGAAUACAUUAUAUUGUCUUAUUAAAUAUAAAAAUAAUGCUGUACGUGCUAACAAUAAUAAUGCAGUCCCAUUACUAUUGGAUCUAUUCCUUGACAUACAUCGAUGUGAUUUACAAUGGCGUUGGAUUGAUCUCCAAAAAAGCUUGUUGAAUUGUUUAAAACUAUUGACAGAAACAAAUUCUGGACGUAAAGCUUUAAUGAAAUCUGUUGGAUUUCAUACAUUAUAUGCUAUUUGUAUUGGUUAUAUAGGACCUGAUCCACUUAAUCGAACUAAACAUGUUAUCUUAUCCAAAAUUAUUUCACAAUAUAAAACUAUAAAAUCUUCUACUCAUCAUAAUGAACAAAUAGAUCCAAAUAUUAAUCAAUAUAAUCAAUCACAUUGUAAAACACACUUAGCAACAACAACAACAAUGAUGGAUACUGUUGAUAGAACCUAUUCAUCAUUAAUAAAGGAAAGGUUACAUAUAGAAAAUGUAUAUUCUAAUAAAAAGAAUAUUGAUUUGUCAACUUGUUCAUCUUCAGUUUCAUCAACUAUCAAAUCGCCAUCAUCAGUAGCAACAGCAGCAGAAACAUCGUCAUCAUCAUCAACUUUAUCUUCUCAUAAAACUAUCUGUAGAAAUGUGAAUCAACUUGAAAUGGAUAAAUCGUACAUCUUUGAUAAUGAUCCAAAUAGAAUUCAUAAACAUAAUCGAAUAUAUUCUGAUCCAAUAAAAAUUUUAAUACAAAUAUGUAUAUUAUUACGUCGUUGUAGUCCAAGAUGUAGUUUACCAAUAAUUAACGCUGAAAAUAUACUUAAUUGUUUAUUACCGUCUAAUGACACAUCAUCGGUUUCGUUGUUACGUCGCAAUUCAGAGCCACUGAUUCAAAAAGAUAAGUCCGCUUCACCUGGAAUAGAAAAAUCCAAUGCUGCCAAAUCUAAACUUAAUCAACAAAUAUCUUGUUCAACUAAUAUUAAUCCAAUUUCAAAUAUGAAAAAGAAGUCAUGUGAAACUUCCCUCCCACACAAAUCUUCCUCUGUUCAUGAUGAUGAUGAUGUAACCAACAGUCGAAAAUCUUCAUCACAACAAAUGAAUUCAAUUAAUUUUAUAACGAAUAAUCCAUUUAUUGAUGUAACAUCAUCUGAUUAUUCUAAAUUAUUAUUGUCACCAUGCAACACUACUACUACUACUAUUAAUAGUAGUAAUAAUGGUAAUAAUAAUAAUAAUCCCAAAGUUAUUCGAAAGAAAUCCAUUGAUAAUCGGAAACAAUUAAUCAAUGUUAAUAAUAAAGGAAUUACAACUAAAUUAAAUCAAUCUUAUUACUAUGAUGUUAAUUCUCUCAUUAAUAAAAAGGUACCUAAAAUCACCAAUAUAAAUUCCGAAAAUCUUCAUAGUAAAUCAAUAAACGAUCUGUAUACAAAUAACCAGGUUUACAAUAAUUCAUCAAUAGACACAUUCAUCAGUCAGUCUUGUACAGAAUUAGCAAAUAUACAACAAUUGAAUAAAUUAUGUCGUAUACAAAAAGUGAAGUUUUUAGGAAGAGGAGAAAAUGAGAAUUCGAAUCAAUCUGAGAAGCAACAGGAUUUCAACGGUGGAAAAUGUGAGAAAUUACCCGUUACCGGUGAUAAAUUUACUUCAUAUCAACAGAUCAGUUCAUCUAAUACAUCAUUAAAAUCACCAGAAAUAUUCAAUGUAAUUGAACAGAAUACUCAGAAUAUUGAUGGUGUUGGUGUUGAUGACAAUGACGAAGAAGAAAUGGAAGACGAAGAUGACGACGAUAAUGAUGAUGACGAUGAUGAUAAUGAUGGUGCUAAUGUAAUUGGACACGAGGAUGGCACAACAACUAGUCAAAGAUGCACAUUUAGUGAAUUAAUUUCAAGUCAUUUAAAAUUUUUUCCCGAAUGGUUUGAUCUACCCAAUGAAAUACCAAAUAGAUUGAUGAAAGAACAAGUUGAAAAACCAUUGAAUAUGAUGAAUUCUGUCAAUUGGCCUUAUGAAUAUAACUAUUCUAAUGAUAAUAUAAACAUACAUCCUUCUAUCAAAGACAAUACUACUUUGGAAUAUUAUUAUUUUGCUCAAAGAGUAAAAAGUUUAUUACCAUUUAAAAUCAUAGCUUAUCCUGAUUUAAUUGAUGCACAUGGAUCAAUUGAUUGUGAACCAUUUUAUUCAAUAGAUCAAUUAAUUGAAAGAUAUUUUAAUCAACCAUCAAAUUUAUCCAAUGAUAAUAUGACUACUUCAUCUUAUUGUGAAAAUAAACCAUCCCAAGUUACAUCAACUGUUAAUGAUAAUGCGAAUGAUGAUGUGGAUGAUGAUGAUGAUGAGGAGGAGGAGGAGGAGGAGGUGGUGGAGGAGGAGUGUGCUCAUCUACCAAAAGUUCAUGAAGCUGAUGGCUCCAGUAAUCCGAUUAUCCAAACGAACUCAUCUAUAAACAAUUUAAACAAAACUUCUAAAUCAGUUAAAUUAAAUAAAACUAUAAAUAGAUCAUCAAAUAAUAAUAAUAAUAAUCAAUCAUUCCAUAGACCAUUUAAUAUAUCUGAUAUACCACAUAUAGAAAUACUUGAUGAUCUAAGACGAUUUAUUGAAUCUAAUGAUUUAAUCAAUCGUGUUGUAUAUGAUAUAGAUGAAUUAAUUAAAUCUCAAUACCAAACAUUAUCAUUAAAACAAAUUCAUCAGUCUCAGGAGGAGGAGGAGGAGGAGCAGGAACAACAGCGUCGACGACGACAACAACAACAAGAACAAAGUCAACAUUCGUCAACAUUGAAAAUCAAAUCAAAUCAACUUUUAUUAAAUAGUAAUUUAAAAUAUAAUGUUAGUAAUACAAAUUCAGAAGUCUUAACUAAAUCAUCUAAAAUGAACGUUCUAUCAUCAACAGUUAUACCGACUUGUUGUGUACAAAUCAUGAAUGAUAAUCAUACUGUAGAUAAUAGUUCGAUAGAUAGUACAAAGUUGACAAGUAAUAAUCAUCAACAGGAUUAUCAUUCUCCUUCUUCAGUCAUAUCAUCUUCAUUGGAUAACCUAAACUUAACGAAUCAUGAUGAAUUACUGAUUGGUCAAUUUGACGCUGAAAAAGGUCACUUAGAGUUUGAAUCUCGUUUUGAAUGUGGUAAUUUGAGAAAAGCAAUUCAAGUACGUCAAUAUGAAUAUGAUUUAAUAUUAAAUCCUGAUAUUAAUACAACUACUUAUAUACAAUGGUUUUACUUUCGUGUAUCUAAUAUGAAAUCGAAUAUUUCAUAUCGUUUCAAUAUUAUUAAUUGUGAAAAAGUAGAUAGUCAAUUUAAUGAUGGUAUGCAGCCUCUUCUUUUCUCAGUUCAUGAAUCACUUCAAUCUCAUCCAUGCUGGCGACGUGUUGGUUCAAAUAUUAUUUAUUAUAGAAACUAUUUCACUCGACCGUCAACUCGUAAAUGUAAUGUGGAUGGUGGAACGUAUUAUACAGCUACAUUUACGAUAUGCUUUCCAUAUACUGGCGAUGUCUGCUAUCUUGCUUAUCAUUAUCCAUAUACUUAUACACGUUUAUUAACUGAUUUAAACAAAUGGCAAAAUAAAAUAUUAAACCAACCAAAUAAUAUUUACUUUCGUAUUCAACAAUUAACUUCAACUAUCCUUUCCAAUCCAGUCCCAUUAAUUACAGUAACACAAACUUCGGACACUUCAGAUGAAUUGACAAAUAUCAAUCAACGUCCUUACAUCAUUCUUACAUGUCGUGUACAUCCAGGUGAAUCAAAUUCUAGUUGGAUAAUAAAAGGUUUAAUAGAACAAUUAUUAUCUAAUGAUAAUAUGAAAAUGAAUGAAUUACGUCAAAUGUUCAUAUUUAAAAUAAUCCCUAUGUUAAAUCCUGAUGGUGUCAUUGUUGGAAAUCAUCGAUGUUCAAUAUCUGGUAAAGAUUUAAAUCGUCAUUGGAUUAAUCCAUCAUCUUUAAUUCAUCCAACUAUUUAUCAUACUAAAAUGUUAAUGGAAUUUCUUACGUUGUGUGAACGUUCACCUUAUAUUUUCAUUGAUUUCCAUGGUCAUUCACGUAUGAAGAAUAUUUUCUUAUAUGGAUGUAGUUCCAUUGAAUCAUGGUUAUGUCCAGAUAUAAAAAAUCCAACUUAUCGUGGUAUCAAUCAAUUAGAAGAUAAUUCAUAUCGUAAAUUAGCUGAUAUAUUAAAUCAAUUAUCACCAUAUUUUUCAAAACAAUCAUGUUUAUAUAUGGUUAGUAAAGCUAAAGAGACUACAGCACGUAUAGCUGUUUGGCGACAAUUCAAUGUAGUACGCUCUUAUACAAUUGAAGCUUCUUAUUGUGGUAUUCGCCGUAAAUGGUAUAAUAAUCAGUUAAUUCCAAGUAAGAUACAAGAAAAACACCAACAAGAAGAUAAUGAUAAUAGAACAAUAAAGAAAAAACAAUCAAAUGAAUCUGUAUUAGUUAUUGAACAUCAAAUAAGGCCAAUUGAUUUAAUGAAUUUUGGUUCACAAUUAUUAAAUGCAUUUUUAUUGUUAUCAGAAGAAGAAACAACAAUAUUGAUGUCAAAUACAAAUAAAACAGUUUCAUCCAUAUCUUCAUCACCAUCUUUAAUGACAUCUUCAAUGUCAUUAUUCAAUGUAUCUUCCCCUGAGCAUCCAUCAUCAUCCUUCGAUGCAAACAUUAUGCCUCAGUAUGGUGACAAUGAUACUGACGUUUACGAUGAUGCUGAUGAAACUAAUAAUAAUGAUGAUGAUGAUAAUAAUAACAAUGGUAGUAAUGUAAACGAGAAACCUCAGCUAUCUUCUAAAAUACAUUGUAGCAAAAGAAAACAUCAAUCUAAGUUAAAGAAGUUGAAACAACAUAAACAAAAAUAAUAAGAAGAAGAAGAACCACAAUAUGACAAAUACAAAGUCACAUAUAUUUCGACUAUGUCGCCUUCGUCUAGUAUAGUGAAACCCAAUUGUGUUCUUCAUUCAUGAUCCAACUAUUCAUCUUUCUUUACGAAUCAAUAUCAUGAUCGUGACAUAGAUAUAGAAGAAUGGUGAUGGUAAUAAAGUGAACUAAAUGAACUGCAGACAAAUAAAGAGAGUAUCAUGUCAUUGAAAUGGAAAAGAUAAUCUUUUUCACCAUCUCAUUGUAUAUUUUCAAAUGUUUUCAUAUAAUUGAAUCUAAACUGAAACAGAAUGUUGUACAAUAAGCAUUUAUUUGAAAAAUAUUGAUAUUCAACGUUUCUUAAAUAAGAAAAACUAUUUCUUCUAGAAUUUGGACUAUUUUUUUGUUUUUCAUACUUAACCUACUUUUAAAAUUUGUCAGUAGUACAAAUAUUGUUUUAGAUUUUUA